UAGCAGCCUUCCAACCGGCUAUCGUUAGCUGCGCGCGGCUAACUCGCCACCAAGCCGUUCACUUUUGUUUUCGGGACGCCACGAUGAAGAACGUCGCGAAGUAUUAAUGGACUUAUUCCACUGUAGCAUAUCGACAAGAACCAACGGGGUCCCCGGGGCGUCUUUUCUCCUAAUAACAUCGGGUCCGCGCCGACCCCUCGGUGUCAUUGUUCGGAUGGACCGUCGUUAAGAGCUAGCGCCGCCGCUCCAGACUUCCCGAGCGGGCACGAAUGGGAUCUGCUCGGCUCGCGGCUGCCACUGGGUGUACUGGCGGAUUAGCUUCGCGGCUAACCGGUUGGCGUUAGCUAUCUGACACAGCUGGUUGACAUUGCACAUGUGAUAAUUAGUCGACUCAGAAAAAAGCAGAUUCCUUGGCACGACCAUGCCUCCAAGGCCUUCCUCGGGAGAACUAUGGGGGAUGCACUUGAUGCCCCCCAGCAUCCUGGUGGACUGCCUCCUGCCAAAUGGCAUGAUCCUCACGUUGGAGUGCCUCCGGGAGGCCACGCUCGUUACAGUCAAGCACGAUCUUUUUAAAGAGGCCAGGAAGUACCCUCUUCACCAUCUGCUGCAGGAGGAGAGCUCCUACAUCUUUGUCAGUGUCACCCAGGAGGCCGAACGCGAGGAGUUCUACGAUGAGACCAGGAGGUUGUGCGAUCUCAGGCUCUUCCAGGCCUUCCUCAAAGUCAUCGAGCCGGUGGGCAACAGAGAAGAGAAAAUUCUCAACAGAGAGAUAGGUUUUGCCAUUGGAAUGCCCAUUUGUGAGUUUGAUUUGGUGAAAGACUCUGAAGUGCAGGACUUCAGACGGAACAUUUUAAAUGUUUGCAAAGAGGCUGUGGACCUCAGAGACAGUAACGGACCCCACAGCAGAGCUUUGUACGUGUAUCCUCCCAAUGUAGAAUCGUCUGUAGAACUUCCCAGGCACAUCUAUAACAAGCUAGAUAAAGGUCAAAUCAUCGUGGUCAUAUGGGUUAUUGUGUCACCAAGCAAUGACAAGCAGAAGUACACCCUGAAGAUCAACCAUGACUAUGUACCGGAGCAGGUGAUUGCCGAAGCCAUCCGCAAGAAGACACGUAGCAUGCUGCUCUCCCAGGAGCAGUUAAAAAUGUGUGUACAGGAGUAUCAGGGAAAGUACAUCCUCAAAGUCUGUGGCUGUGACGAAUACUUACUGGAGAAAUACCCUCUGAGUCAGUACAAGUACGUCCGCAGCUGCAUCAUGUUGGGACGGAUGCCCAACUUGAUGCUAAUGGCAAAAGACAGCCUGUAUUCCCAGCUGCCCAUAGACAACUUCACCAUGCCGUCCUACGCGAGGAGAAUAUCCACAGCAACGCCCUACAUGAAUGGGGAAACGGCCACCAAGUCCCUCUGGACUAUCAACGGAACGCUGAGGAUCCGGAUACUCUGUGCCACUUACGUCAAUGUCAACAUCCGAGACAUUGACAAGAUCUACGUCAGGACCGGGAUCUACCACGGCGGAGAGCAGUUGUGUGACAACGUCAACACCCUGCGCGUGCCCUGCUCAAACCCCAGGUGGAACGAGUGGCUGAACUACGACAUGUACAUUCCAGACAUCCCGCGUGCUGCCCGACUCUGCCUCUCCAUCUGCUCGGUGAAGGGAAGGAAGGGAGCUAAAGAGGAGCACUGUCCUCUCGCCUGGGGCAACAUUAACCUGUUUGACUACACCCACACACUGGUGGCAGGGAAGAUGGCGCUCAACCUAUGGCCCGUCCCACACGGCCUGGAGGACCUUCUCAACGCCAUCGGUGUCACAGGCUCUAACCCCAACAAGGAAACUCCUUGUCUGGAGCUGGAGUUUGACCACUUCAGUUGCCCCGUCAAGUACCCGGAAAUGACCAUCAUUGAGGAACAUGCAAACUGGAAUAUAUCCAGAGAGCUUGGCUUUAAUUACUGCCACACUGGUUUGAGUAACAGAUUGGCGCGUGACAACCCGCUGACCGACACUGACAAUGAGCAGCUACGACAGGUGUGCAACAGAGAUCCACUCUCUGAAAUCACUGAGCAGGAAAAAGACUUCCUAUGGAGACACAGACAAGACUGCGUCAACAUGCCGGAGAUCCUUCCCAAGAUCCUCCUGGCUGUGAAAUGGAACUCAAGAGAUGAGAUUGCCCAGAUGUAUUGCCUCCUGAAGGACUGGCCUGCUAUCAAACCAGAGCAAGCCAUGGAGUUGCUGGAUUGCAACUUUCCUGAUCCUAUGAUCAGAGAGUUUGCAGUAAAGUGCCUUGAGAAAUACUUAACUGAUGACAAACUCUCCCAGUACCUCAUUCAACUGGUGCAGGUUCUUAAGUAUGAGCAGUACCUUGAUAACCCACUGGCACGUUUCCUGCUGAAAAGGGCCUUAACCAAUCAGAGGAUAGGACAUUUUUUCUUCUGGCAUUUAAAGUCAGAGAUGCACAACAAGACAGUGAGCCAGCGGUUUGGGCUGCUGUUGGAGUCGUACUGCCGGGCCUGUGGCAUGUAUCUAAAGCACCUGAGCCGACAGGUGGAGGCCAUGGAGAAACUCAUCAAUCUCACUGACCUCCUCAAACAGGAGAAAAAAGAUGAGGCGCAGAAGGUUCAAAUGAAGUUUCUGGUGGAGCAGAUGAGAAGGCCAGAUUACAUGGACGCCCUGCAGAACUUCACGUCCCCACUGAAUCCUGCUCAUCAGCUGGGAAACCUCCGUCUGGAAGAAUGCAGAAUGAUGUCGUCAGCCAAGCGACCUCUCUGGCUUAACUGGGAAAACCCAGAUAUGAUGUCAGAGCUGCUCUUUCAAAACAACGAAAUCAUCUUCAAAAAUGGAGACGAUCUGAGGCAGGAUAUGCUGACGCUGCAGAUCAUUAGAAUAAUGGAGAACAUCUGGCAGAACCAAGGCCUUGAUCUCAGGAUGCUGCCGUACGGGUGUCUGUCAAUCGGUGACUGUGUUGGAUUGAUUGAGGUGGUGAGGAACUCUCACACCAUCAUGCAAAUCCAGUGUAAAGGAGGCAUAAAGGGGGCCCUGCAGUUCAACAGCCACACACUGCAUCAGUGGCUCAAGGAUAAGAACAAGGGAGAGAUGUAUGACCAGGCCAUAGAUCUGUUCACGCGCUCGUGUGCGGGCUACUGUGUAGCCACAUUCAUCCUGGGCAUAGGGGACCGACACAACAGCAACAUCAUGGUCAAAGAUGAUGGACAGCUGUUCCACAUAGACUUCGGCCAUUUCCUCGACCACAAAAAGAAGAAGUUUGGGUACAAGAGAGAACGAGUCCCCUUUGUGCUCACGCAGGACUUCUUGAUCGUUAUUAGCAAAGGAACUCAAGAGUGCACCAAGACGAGGGAGUUUGAGAGGUUCCAGGAGAUGUGUUACAAGGCGUACCUGGCAAUCCGGCAGCACGCCAACCUCUUCAUCAACCUCUUCUCCAUGAUGCUGGGCUCGGGGAUGCCCGAGCUGCAGUCGUUUGACGACAUCGCCUACAUCCGAAAGACCCUGGCCUUGGACAAGACGGAGCAGGAGGCGCUGGACUACUUCAUGAAGCAGAUGAACGACGCUCACCACGGCGGCUGGACGACAAAGAUGGACUGGAUCUUCCACACGAUCCGCCAGCAUGCCAUGAACUGAAAGGACGACUGACACAACAGAGGAGUAAACAGCGACUAAGACCCGAGAUAAUACUGAGACGCGAGGGAGGUAUUUUUCACCCAAACACACUACGACCUGGUGAUACUUCUGCCAGCGAGUGACUGUGAAACAUGCCAGAGCACCACGGGAUAAAAGGGUGCUUAGAGGGCCUAUUUCAGGGACAUAAUGCCUAAAUGCGCCUGUUUCUACAGGUUUCUGACUUCUUUCCCUCGUUCGCUGCACUAUGAACUUCAGAUGACGUCAUAUUUCAUCGGUCUUCUUCAUAGGAACUAAGCAAGUGUAAUGGACCUCGACAACGUUUGCCUUCUUUUGUGUGGACAAACUAUCUACAAUACUACUAGAUUUUUAUUUUUGUUUUUUUUCCUAUUCCUUUCAAUACAUCUUCAACCAUCAGCAUUAAGAAAGCCACGUGGUGAAGCGGUGUACCAUGAGCACAGACGGUUUUUCUAGAGAGGAACACUGCUUCUUUUCCACUACCUAUUUCAAACUGAUGAAAGGCAAGGGAGACCUCGGCGAAACAACGGGAAACGGGCGAUGAGAAGCCUGGCCGGUGACCACAGAAUCACCAUUACCCCAUACGACCAUGAAAAAAGCAACUGCAGAACUUAUAGGGGACAUGCCGUUAAACACUUAAUAGCAUUUAACACUUAACGCUAACCAAAAUAGCAACUUAUUUGUAGCCUACAGAUGACGUGUCCUUUAGCACUAUCGCCAGAUACCUGACUUUUUACAGCAGAAUAUCCACAUACUUGUAGCAAUCAGUGCACAUGUUCCUUUUUCGAGUCUAUUUUCCACUGAGCCAAAGUACUAGAUGUUCAACCCCACUAUUUAGCGUUCUUAUUGUAAAAAAAAAAGAUAAAGAAAUAGUCACGACUAUUCCAAGUCUCUUGUCUGCACUCACAGCACUGAUCUCUGCAGUAUUUAUUUUUGUUUGUUUUCGUCUAUCAGUAUUAUUUUGUGUUGUUGAAGCACAAGCGUCCGUCGUCCAUCCCCACGCAGUCGUAACACACACGGACCAGAGGAAGCUCCCCGGUCGGUCACCUGUCAUUCAGCUGAUAAAGACAAGAAAGACCAGGGGAGACGGAUGUGUAGUGUUCCCUUUGUGUGCUGUGCUGUUACACUAUGCAAGUUGUGAUACCUAAAAUGUAAUGAAUACUGCUUGGGGGAAGAAAUGGAACGAGUCAACGUCAAAGUAAAGACGAGGAGCGAGAGAGACGGAUGCUUCUCUCCAUCGACGUGCUCACGCUUUGUACAGACAGAACAGCGAAGAGGACGAAAAAAACCCGAAAUCCUGCAAUGUAACAGAAUCCUCUACUUCUUCCCAACAAAAAUAACUUUGAGAAAAGCCUUUGGACCUUGCCUUUUUCGCUUCUCCGUUUCAGGUUUAUAUUUGGAGCUUCAAUCUAAGCCAUCUGCAUAAUGUUUUCGAGCCGUGGUUUUGCUCCCGUCGUCUUGUUCUCAGUCACACGCUUGACAGGUAACUUAAGACCGAUUCUCUGCUCGCAUUUUGCCAUGUUGUCCCAGAUCGUGACGUCCAGGUAAAAACAAGUAACCGAAGUGAAUUUCCGUCAACCUUCCAAGUGUCUUCUUCCCUCUUUCCUAUGAUUGUCACCCUUAUGUGUGGAAGAAGGAUCUCUGCAGGUUCGCUCACUGCUCAGACACGUACGUAAGAGGUCAGUAAUUGUUCCAGCUUCACCAAAUGAUACACAGCGUUUUCCCGGACACUCAAGUCUGUGUGCGAAUCCACUUUUUUUUGUUUUUAGUACCUGGCUAUGGAUUUAUAAAUGCCGGGGAAACCGAUCCUAGUGAGAUGCGCGUGCUUCUGUACAGGCGACAGAGCAGUGGGCCGGACCCAAAAGGAGAAAACCAGACCCCGUAAACUUUAUUGAGCAACUCUAAAAUGACGCUAUUUCCCUUUUUGUAAUUGUUGUUUCUUUCCUCUCACAACGCUUCAUGCAUGAGGUCCUUGAAUUAUCUACUUUUCUUUUUGACCUCAUGUUGUUUACUUGAAUUUCGUGUAAAGAAAUUACCUGUUUACUUGUGUGAGGUACAACAAAGUCACGGCGACGGUAACUGAUACUGACACUGCUACUACAUGUGCAAAUGCUUUCUUGAAUUACUACAGAGGUAAUAUAUUUUUGUAUUUUGAAAUGUAAGCAAACUCGUAUAUGUAACUGCUAACCAAAAAACAAAACAAAAAAAAAAGGACAGCGAGAGGAAUCAUGCAUCAUGUGCACCAUCCUACCCAGUAGACAGCUUGUAGUUGUUGAAAUGAUAUGAAUGACAAAGCAGAGGUGGAUUGUUAAAUGAAGGACAGGGACCUGAUGCUGUUGCCAGAGUACGAUGUUCACGCCGAGUGGAGAUCUCUCGCCCUGAGUGGAAGUCUGUAAGCACAAUGAGGAGGAAGAAGAAGCUACCUGCAUGUUUCAAAAGAAGCAGAUCCCAUAUGUAAGUUAUAUAUCCAUCUGAGUAUAUAUAUCAUUAAACUCUUCAAAUACUUGUUUUAGUUAUCCCAUAUGACAAUGUCUGAUGAAAAAAAACCCUGUAUGCAUUCAUUUAUUGUAUUGUUGAAUAAAAACAUUCUACCGAUCAAAAAA